AUGUUGCAGCAAAAAAGAAAAGUGGACUUGUUAACUAUUACGCACCCGAAGAAUAUGUCACCAAAUGGAAAAGUGCAUUGCAUUGUGAUACUAGGUCGCGUUCAUCCAGGAGAAUCGCCGGCUUCGUACGUUUGUCAAGGUAUCAUUGAUUUCUUGGUGAGCAGUCAUCCUUACGCUGUGAUCUUGAGAGAAAGUGUUGUGUUCAAAAUUAUACCGAUGCUGAAUCCAGAUGGGGUUUUCAUGGGAAAUCAUAGGUAA